CAAGUAAAAGCGAUAGAUACGUCACCAACAACAAUACAGCAGAUGAUAUGAUAACUUCUCUUCUUUGUCCUAUCUUUACCAUAAAUAUUGGCUCGAAAAACUAGGAACUCUCCCUCAAUACAAUCUUCGUAGAUCAAAUCAUUUCUGUUGCUUUGCACAAGUCAAAAGGGGUUUCGGUUCCGAAGAAUCUCUACCAACAAGACUAGGUUACUUAAACUCAAUAACUUCAAGCUGAAGAAAAAUGGGAGGUGGUAAAGACAAGAAUGAAGGCGAGUCAAGUGACAAAGGGCUGUUUUCUAAUCUUGCUGGCUAUGCUGCUGGACAUUAUCCUCCACCUGGAUCCUACCCUUCUCAUGGGUAUCCGCCACAAGGCUACCCACCUGCUGGAUACCCUCCUCCAGGUGGAUAUCCUCCUCCUGGCGGAUAUCCACCUACUGGAUAUCCUCCCCCAGGAGGACACCCUCCAGCUGCGUAUCCACCGCAUGGUGGAUAUCCACCAGCUGGUUAUCCACCGCAUGGUGGAUAUCCACCAGCUGGUUAUCCUGGACACGGUUCACAUGGACAUGGUGUGGGAGGAUUAAUAGCUGGGGGUGCUGCUGCUGCUGCUGCUGCUUAUGGGGCGCACCAUGUGGCACACGGAGCUCAUAAUCUUGCACAUGGGGGUUACUAUGGCCAUGGCCAUGGAAAAUUCAAACAUGGGAAGUUUAAGCAUGGGAAGUUUGGGAAGCAUGGCAGGCCUGGCAUGUUUGGGAAGCAUAAGGGCAAGUUCUUCGGAUACAAGAAGUGGAAGUAAUUCCUGUCUCUAUGUUCCCAUAUGUCUCUUAUCAUACGAGUAUGUCCUUUGAACAGUUACUGACUUGGUCCUUUAAUGACUUCCCCCCCCCCCCCCGGCCCCCAAUAAACAUGGAUUUGUUUCGGUUGUUAUUUGUGCCUGGCAUGCCAUUACUAUGACAGCUGCUUAAUAUUUGUGGUGUUUUUUUUGUAUAUGAAUGAGUUGGUUUCAUUGGAAAGGGUGUUACAUGGAAUGCCUUUAAUCCUGUGUAUUAGCCAGGCCAUUUGGUUGAUGAAAAUAAUCCUUUGCAAAAAGUAUAUAAUGGAGGAAAGUGGGGGCGCAA